AUGAAAUACUCAAUUAUUGCUUUAACUGCUACAGUUUUAACUUUUGUCACAGCUGCUCCAUUCAAAUUCAGAAGAGAUACCAAUGAUUCUGCUAUUACCACUGAUGCUUCCACUCCUCUUCCGGUACCAUCAACUCCACUUGAAACUGGCGCCCCUUUAGCUACAGAAGGUUCAAAUGAUGAGAGUGGACCAACAGAAACAGCUUCUCCUACUGAAACCACAAAUGAUAGUGAAACUACGACGACUUCAAGCGUCAGCUUAUUAAAUGGAAUUGAUUGUAUUAAUGAUAUUGACAGUCUUUAUCCCUACAGUUACUUUUUAUGUGAUAAAUAUUACACUCCAUGGACUGAUUCUCCAGAAACAACUUCAUUUGAUUGGACUAACGAUUACGCUGGGGCUAUACUCGAUGGUCCAAGUGGAUCUAUACAUACUACCAUUAAUUUACGUAAGGACUAUUUACCAUGGUAUCCAAUUUGGGUAACUCGUAUAGGAGCAAACACAAUGAAGCCAACAGUAAUUCACUUUGGAAGAGUGACUAAAAAAGAUGAGGAACAUAUACCAGAAUAUAUUGAAGCUGUUCCUACUCCAUUAGUUUGA